CGAUACUAUUCUUUGUAUUUAAUUGUACUUCAAACAGUAUUCGACUAUCCACGUCGCAAACUAUUAUUUCUGUAACUACAGCAUAAGCAUAUUCCCAAAUCGGCAUUGACGAUGCAGUGGCACUUAUUUCCCUUAUGCCUCGCAUUAGUCCUCCGAUCAGCGUACUCUAAUUCUCUCAGCGGUACGGUGGAAUUAAACGAAUACACUUUUGAUAAGAUCCUCAAAAAGUUUGAUGCUACGCUGGUGAAGUUUGAUGUGGCUUUCCCCUAUGGGGACAAGCACGAUGCAUACACCGCACUGGCCAAGGACGCGAAAGAGGAAGACGAUUUGCUGAUCGCCGAAGUGGGAGUGAAAGAUUACGGAGACAAGGAUAACGAAGCGUUGGCGAAGAAGUACGGUGCUACGAAAGACAAUUUCCCGGUAGUGAAGCUAUUUUUAAAGGGGAAGAAGGAGCCAGUCACUUUCAACUCGGAGAAAGAGUUUACCAGCGACGAGCUUCGUCGUUUCGUGCGGGAACACACCGGGGUACACCUGAGCCUGCCAGGAUGCGUGCGGAGCCUUGAUAAGCUGGCCGUCAAGUUUAUGAAGGCUGACAAUGAAGACAGGAAGAAGAUUCUUAAAGAUGGAGAAGAUACCUUCAAAAAAUUACCUAGCAAACAAGCUAACUCUGGAAAGAUCUACAAGACAAUCAUGGAGAAGAUAAUCGAAAAAGGCGAUGGGUUUGUCAAGACAGAACAUGAGAGAGUCACCAAACUUCUCAGCGGCAAGCUCUCCGAGGAGAAAAAGAAGGAAAUGGGACAGAGAAUCAACAUUCUCCAGACAUUCCAGUUGCAUGACACCAAAGGAGAAAAAGAAGAGCUGUGAUUUUAAUAAUAUUUAAAUUACACUUAAAUUUCUACUAUUGUUCCCUCUUUGUAUAAAUGAGAUUGGAGUAACAAGA